UCACCAUCCCUUCCCCUUUCCGCCUCCGUCCAACUGAAUACCUAUUUUUCUCUCUCAGCCGACGACUCUCUCUCUCUCUCCGAGGACCUGCGAUCCCGCGANCGACGCCGUCGUCCCUCCCCGCGACGACGCCGUCGUCCCUCCCCGCGACGACACCCUCCUCCUUCCCCGCGACGACUUUCUCUUCCCUCUCCGAGGACCUGCGAUCCUCUCUCUCCGACGCCCUCCUCCGGCGAAGACGCCGUCCUCCCUCCCCGCGACGACGCCCACCGGUCCAAACCGGAAAUUUUCGCAUCGGAUCCAAUUAAACAGAUCCAACCCGACCCAAAUCGCGAGUCGCAAAAUCCCUAGCGCCCUCUUCUCGUUGCCCUCUUGCUCUUUCACGCUCCGGCUGACUAAACCCCAGCUCGAGGAGGCGAUCGAUCGACGACGAAGGCCUCCGAUUGAUCGACAGCGGCGAGUUUAAUAAUUUAUCAAUUUGCAAAGUUUUAUCAGUUGAAUUCGGAAUUUGCCAGAAGUAUGGGGAUGGAGUUGCAAGAUAACGAGGGCAUUGCCAUGGAGGUGCAAGAUGAUGGAGAGGAGAGAGAUUUCAGUGAUGCAGAGGCUUUCUCUUCUGUAGUCGAAGCUCUCACUGGAGUUGCCAUGGCAUAUAAUAUGGUAGAUCAAAGUGAUAGAAAUCAGUAUAACAAUUUAGUUAGCAUUGUAGACCCAACACCAGGGAAAGGUCCUGAAGAGGAGGCAUUGCUUGUGACAGCUUUAAAGGCACUCACAGGAGCCAUCUCCAAGAUGGACGUUGCGUUUCAUACCUCUUUAUUGAGUAAUAUAUUUUCCUUGUGCAUAUGGAACUAUGGUUAUGAGACAAGGAAAGCAAUAUUGGAGUUGAUAAUUAGCCUGGCUGCUGUACCAGACAAGUUUUUGAACAGUUGCUUGCACAUGCUUGUUAGUAAUUUUAUGGCGCCUAAAAGAAUACGUCAAUACAACACACAUCCAAGGCUUGCAGAAAAAAGAAAUAUUUAUGGUGAGCUUUAUGUCGCCUUGCAUCAUAUUGUUGAUUUGGUGCCUCUUGCUCCUAUGAUGCUGAAGGAAAUAAUUGAUAAAAAGAUGCCAAGAACUACUGACCCCAAAGAGGUGCUUGUAAUGUUUGUGGAAUGCAUGCUUGGAUUGGAGAGUGAUGAAAUCGGAGAAUUUCUUGGAAGCACAUUGUUGAUAAAGGUGGUGGAACUGCUUGUGGAUCUAGAUGUAAAUAUAAAUUGGGAGGAUAUUCCACAAGAUGAACUUAAUAAAGGCAUAUUUGACAUGGAACUUGAUGUGGAGGAAAAUGCUCAUGAUGGUGCAGGGAUUGGUAUAAAGCCAGAAACAGGAAAGAUCCUCAAGGGUAAUGUGUUUGCCGAUAAAUUGGACAGUUUGAUGGUGCUCGUAUGUGAACAUCUUGACUCAUGUGCAUCUGAUGGUCAUUUGGUGAAGGUUUUUGACACACUUGCGGAAUGCUUUCGGAGGACCGUGAUGAAUGCAUACAAGUCAAAGUUUGUUCAGUUUGUGAUGUUUUAUGCAUGUUCUCUGGAUCCUGAAAUUUGUGGCCUGAAGUUUGCUGUUAUGCUUACAGAUAUUUUUGUCUCAAACACCGAAGAUCCAACUUCCAGAAUGAGUUCAGUUUCAUAUCUUGCUAGUUAUUUAUCUCGAGCAAAAUUUGUCCCAUCUUCUCUGGUGGCAAGCAUUCUGAAAAGAUUAGUGGAGUGGUGUUUUCAGUAUUGUCAAUUUCGGAAUGGUUGUGAAAGUGUAGUGUACCCAAAAGCUCAUCGAGUGUUCUAUUCUGGAUGUCAGGCUGUGAUGUAUAUUUUAUGCUUUCGCAUGAGACAAUUAAUGGAUAUCCCUCAACUCAGAUCACUAUUAUUUCAUUUGCCCCUCGAGCCCAUCUUGUGUAGCUCAUUGGAACCUUUAAAGGUGUGUUUGCCUACAAUAGUACAUGAAUUCUUACGACAAGCCAAGGCUGCUUCCUUGUUCAAGACAUCUACUUGCUUUCCCUAUGAUAACCUACUUGAGUCUGAGUUCUCUAAGGCUUUUGGAGGGAUAGAAAGGCUGGACAUGUUCUUUCCCUUUGACCCAUAUCUGCUGAAAGAAUCAGACAGGUUCAUGAGGCCAAACUUCGAGUUCUGGUCCAUGGUGAAGACAACGUAUAGCAACUGCAACAGUGAGGAUGAGGACGAGGAUCUUGAUGCCUUAGAUGACAAUGCUGAACAUGACAACCUUGAAUCCAACAGCGAGAGUGACGAUGAAAUUGAGUUCUCUCUGAGCAGGAUGUCAAUAACUCCAAAGCCUGCAUUCCACUACCCCAUGGCUGGUAACCUUCAUAAUGGUGCUCGAAUGCCUGCCAGAAUUAGACCGUCUAUGAGCCCUGAAGACUGAUAUCUACCUCUCUUGUGUUUUGAUUCAUUCACACAUUCUGGCAAAAAGGAGAAUACUCCUUGCAGUGGAACUGUAUGGCUAUUGUACUGUAAAAUCAGUAAGUUAUUUUCCUAGGAUUUGAGGAUUGAAUUUGUUGGCCCAGUUGUAAAGUGAUACAACAUUAUUUCUCAGUUGAUAUAGAUUAUACUUUCGCCGAAGUAAAUAUUAUGCGUGGGAUAUUGCUCCA